AUGCCCUCCGGCGGCUCCCUGGGCACUCUGCGGACCGUAGCCGUCCUCCACGACCCCGACCAUAUUCACUGCGGCCCAGAGGACCCGGUUCAGGGCUAUGUGCAGCUCAGCUACAUCCCAAGCCGGCACGUGCCGCACGACACGGAGCUCUUUAGCCCGUGCAGGAUCUUCCUCACGCUGCGCGGCCGGCUUAAGCUCAGCGCCAGCCAGGCCAGGAACUACCCUUUCUCCCUGGCCUUUCCCGCGGACGCCACCAUCCCGGACCAUGUUGUCGCCAUGUGCGCGCCCUGGGAUCCCUCUGACGACAUGUUCAGCAUGGCUCCCCGGCAGCCGCUCCCGCCGAGCAUGAGCAUGCAGCGAGACGAAAUUGCGGGUUUUCCGGACCACGUGGGCGCGCAGUACGAGCUCGCCACCCGCAUCGAGAUGCCCGGGAUUAACGUCGAGUUCAGUUACGACCUGAUCGACUCUGGGUUGAACAACAAACUUGCACGGGUUGGUGGCGGCGUGUCGGCGUGGCGCGGGACCAAAGUGCUCUACGAGCGGCCGCGCGUGGCCAGGCCGGUGCCGAUCGAUCUGAAGCAUGGCACGGGCUGGCUGCUCGUCAAGGACCGGGACCUGGUGCACGCUUGUGAUGCUGGCGCCACCGCCAAUGGGCCAGCGGGAGGAGGAGGAGGAGGAGGAGGAGGAGGAGGAGGAGGAGGAGGAGGGUUCCGGGCAAAGGCGUCGGCCCUGCUCAAGCGGUCCCUGGCUUGGCGGCCAUUGUGUGUGAUCGGAUGGCAGAUGAGCUGCGCCAAGGACAUCCACAGGGGUCAGCCCCUGCUCGUACAGGUCCGCGUGCAGCCGUCAGAGAGCAAGUCGACUACGCCAGGGAUGCCGGCCGUCGAGCUUGUGAAGGUCACCGUGGCAGUGGAGACGCGAGUGCAGGCCAGAGUAUUCGCUGAAGCUCGCGGGCAGCUCGAGUUCGACAAGAACGAGCCCGGCCCCGAGGAGACUAUUGUUGUUCCUGUGGGCAAACUGCAGGCAAACAAGCCAAGUCCAGCAAACGAGAAGGAAGGUGGUGGGAAUGCCAACGGGGAAAGCGCGGUUGGCAAUGGAAUAUUCAGCGCAGACAACGACUGGACACAAAUGCUGACGUUCCCGAAAAUCACCAAAGAUCUCGGCAGGUCUUUCACAACGCCCUGUAUCCGGCGGACGUACAUGUUCAGGGUCAAGAGCCUCGUGCGUAUCGUCGGGCUCGACCGCCAUGAGCAGUUCGAGCAGCCAUUCACAAUCACGGUCCAUCCGCCAUUGUCAGAGUAUGAGGGCACAGAGCGGAGACUCUGCCGCAAUAUGAGCCAUAGCGCCGAUGGUAUGAUCCAUGAUUUGGGCCUUCUUGCUGGCGAUAACUAA